UUAAUAUGGGAAUGGUUCUCUGCUCAGUGCUCUAGGAAAUAUUGAGGUGAAUACAAGGAGUUAAUAUUCUACUAGGAACAGAAAGACACACUGCUCCUAAUUACUGUGUUUCCAUCAUUUAUUGAAUACACUUACUAAAUAUAUGCUGUAAAUAGGACUUUUUUUAAAUACUAAGGCACAUGUAAUCUCUGUUUUCAAGAAGCCUACAGUAUAGUUGCAAAUGUAAGACACACUCAGUUGUUUGUUCACAGAUAUCUGUUGAACAUCUACAACAUGCCAACUACUGUUCUAAGUGCUGGGAAUAUUAUAGUGUACGAAGUCUCUGUCCUUAUGGAACUCCUAGCUUAGUGAGAGGUGAACAAUAAGCAAAGGAAUAUUUAGUAUCAUAGCAGAUGCUAUGAAGAAAAACAAAACAGAAUUAAGGGAUGAAGAAGGAGUGGGUAGAGGUCUGUGGGAGUAGCCUCACAGGCUGAGGGAAGGGCAGGUGCCCAGCCCCUGAUGAGGGAGCAGGUUAGACAUGUUCAUGGGGCAGCAGCAGACAAGUGUGAUAGGAGCGAUGUGCCCAUCGUGGAGGGAGCAGAAGAGGCUGCUAAAGUAACAAAGUGCUAGAUUAAGAAGGACCUUGUAUGAUAAGGACUUUGGAUAUGUACCCACCAGUAACUACCAGAUGGCAGAAGGCAGGACAUGUGCACCCCAAUCAGUGGUGCACGUGAUCAGAUCGCUGCUAAGUGGAGCCAGAGGUGCAAGAGAGGUUCUUUUAGUGUGCUAAUAACAAGACUUGUCAGGAAGAUGGAUCUUAAUUAAAGGAUGGGGUUGAUUUAGUAUGUCUGAGUUAGGAUAUAGUGGAGGCAGUGGGUGAGGAUUAUGAAGUGAAGAUUGGGAAUGAAAGUGGUGUGAUCAGGUGAGCUGUGAGAAGAUGUCAGAUUCCACUUGAAGACCAGUACUUUGGUAGAAGGAAUGAGGCUGGAAACAUAGUUAGGGCCAAAUUGUGGAUAUAGAAUAUUUUUAAAAUAGGAGUUUUUCCUCUAGUUCUAGAUCCAAACUCAUUUGAAUAAGAGUUUAAAAACUUGAUCAAGCAAAGGUAAACAAAUAAUACAAAACAUGAGAAAAUUAUCUCGAAGAAUUAAAGCAGUAGUUUUUUUUAAACCUAAUUAGAAAGGAAGAAAUAAAUAGCUUUCUACAUUAGUUAUUGUGGAGAUUUAAAGAUCAUUUUGGUUUUUUUAAAAGGGGGGUUAUUCUCUUGUUUAAUAAUUAUGUUGUGUUUUUGUUAAAGCAAAUCUCUAAGCUGGAAUAAAGUUUCAAAGCACGAAAUUUGACACACAUGCAAGAUGAAGUAAAUGUGAAGUCACAUCAGAGGGAGCAUCAAAAUAUUCAGGAUUUGGAGAUUGAAAAUGAAGAUUUGAAAGAGAGGUUGAGAAAAAUUCAGCAAGAACAAAGAAUACUUUUGGAUAAAGUCAAUGGUUUACAGUUACAGCUGAAUGAGGAAGUUAUGGUUGCUGAUGAUCUGGAAAGCGAGAGAGAAAAGCUGAAGUCCCUUUUGGCAGCUAAAGAAAAGCAACAUGAAGAAAGCUUAAGGACUAUUGAGGCUCUGAAAAAUAGAUUUAAAUAUUUUGAGAGUGAUCAUUUAGGAUCAGGAAGUCAUUUCAGUAACCGAAAAGAAGAUAUGCUUCUUAAACAAGGUCAGAUGUAUAUGGCAGACUCACAGUGUACUUCCCCAGGUAUACCAGCCCAUAUGCAAAGCAGAUCUAUGUUAAGACCUCUGGAGCUAUCUUUACCCAGUCAAACAUCAUACUCUGAAAAUGAAAUUUUAAAGAAAGAGUUAGAAGCAAUGCGAACUUUCUGUGAGUCAGCAAAACAAGACCGACUGAAGCUCCAAAAUGAACUGGCGCACAAAGUGGCAGAAUGCAAAGCUUUAGCAUUAGAAUGUGAAAGGGUCAAGGAGGAUUCAGAUGAACAGAUAAAGCAAUUAGAAGAUGCAUUAAAAGAUGUGCAGAAGAGGAUGUAUGAGUCAGAAGGUAAAGUUAAACAAAUGCAGACCCAUUUUCUUGCCCUUAAAGAACACUUAACAAGUGAAGCAGCCUCAGGGAAUCACAGACUAACCGAGGAACUGAAGGAUCAGUUGAAAGACUUGAAAGUAAAAUAUGAAGGUGCUUCAGCAGAAGUGGGGAAAUUAAGAAACCAAAUCAAACAAAAUGAGAUGAUAGUAGAAGAGUUUAAGAGGGAUGAAGGCAAGCUGAUAGAAGAAAAUAAGCGAUUACAGAAGGAACUGAGUAUGUGUGAAAUGGAGCGAGAGAAGAAAGGAAGAAAGGUCACAGAGAUGGAAAGCCAGGCAAAAGAAUUGUUAGCGAAGUUGGCCCUUUCCAUUCCAGCUGAAAAAUUUGAAAACAUGAAGAGCUCAUUAUCAAAUGAAGUGAAUGAGAAAGCAAGAAAAUUAGUAGAAAUGGAAAGAGAACAUGAAAAAUCACUUAGUGAAAUUAGACAGUUAAAGAGAGAACUUGAGAAUGUUAAGGCCAAGCUUGCUCAGCACGUCAAACUAGAGGAACACGAACAGGUUAAGAGUAGAUUAGAACAGAAAUCAGGAGAACUUGGGAAGAAAGUCACUGAGUUAACAUUGAAAAAUCAGACACUACAAAAGGAAAUUGAAAAAGUUUAUUUGGAUAAUAAGCUCCUCAAGGAGCAAGCACAUAACUUAACAAUUGAAAUGAAAAAUCAUUAUGUUCCUUUAAAAGUGAGUGAAGACAUGAAAAAGUCACAUGAUGCAAUUAUUGAUGAUCUUAAUAGAAAGCUUUUAGAUGUAACACAAAAAUAUACAGAAAAGAAGUUGGAAAUGGAGAAAUUGCUACUGGAAAAUGACAGCUUAAGUAAGGAUGUGAGCCGCCUAGAAACUGUGUUUGUACCUCCUGAGAAACAUGAAAAAGAGAUAACAGCUCUGAAAUCCAAUAUUGUUGAACUUAAGAAACAGCUGUCUGAACUUAAGAAAAAAUGUGGUGAAGACCAGGAGAAAAUACACGCUCUCACGUCUGAAAACACUAACUUGAAGAAGAUGAUGAGUAAUCAGUAUGUGCCAGUUAAAACCCAUGAAGAGAUUAAAACGACACUGAAUAACACAUUAGCUAAAACUAACAGAGAAUUAUUAGAUGUGAAGAAAAAAUUUGAAGAUAUAAAUCAGGAAUUUGUAAAAAUAAAAGAUAAGAAUGAAAUAUUAAAAAGAAACCUGGAAAACACUCAGAACCAAAUAAAAGCUGAGUACAUCAGCCUGGCAGAGCACGAGGCAAAGAUGGGCUCGCUAAGUCAGAGCAUGAGAAAGGUGCAGGAUAGUAAUGCUGAAAUCUUGGCCAACUACAGAAAAGGCCAAGAAGAGAUUGUGACACUGCAUGCUGAAAUUGAAGCCCAGAAGAGGGAACUCGAUACAAUACAAGAAUGCAUUAAGGUAAAAUACGCCCCAAUUGUCAGCUUUGAGGAGUGCGAGAGAAAAUUUAAAGCAACAGAGAAAGAACUAAAAGACCAGUUAUCAGAGCAGACACAAAAGUAUAGUGUCAGUGAAGAAGAAGUCAAGAAAAACAAGCAAGAGAAUGACAAGUUAAAGAAGGAGAUUUUUACUCUUCAGAAAGAUUUGAGGGAUAAGACAGUUCUUAUUGAGAAGUCUCAUGAAAUGGAAAGAGCAUUAAGCAGAAAAACAGAUGAGCUAAACAAACAGUUAAAAGACUUGUCACAGAAAUACACAGAAGUAAAGAAUGUGAAAGAGAAGCUAGUAGAAGAAAAUGCUAAACAGACUUCUGAGAUACUUGCAGUGCAAAAUCUUUUGCAAAAACAACAUGUUCCAUUGGAACAGGUUGAGGCUCUGAAAAAAUCUCUUAAUGGCACAAUUGAAAAUCUAAAGGAAGAACUGAAGAAUACGCAAAGGUGUUACGAGAAAGAGCAGCAGACAGUGACCAAACUGCAUCAGUUGUUGGAGAAUCAAAAGAACUCUUCUGUACCCUUGGCAGAGCAUUUGCAGAUUAAAGAAGCAUUUGAGAAAGAAGUUGGAAUCAUAAAAGCUAGCUUGAGAGAAAAGGAAGAAGAAAGCCAAAACAAAAUGGAAGAAGUCUCCAAACUUCAGUCUGAGGUUCAGAAUACUAAACAAGCAUUAAAAAAAUUAGAGACUAGAGAGGUAGUUGAUUUGUCUAAAUAUAAAGCAACAAAAAGUGAUUUGGAGACACAGAUUUCUAGCUUAAAUGAGAAAUUGGCCAAUCUGAAUAGAAAGUAUGAGGAAGUAUGUGAGGAAGUUUUGCAUGCCAAAAAGAAGGAAAUAUCUGCAAAAGAUGAGAAGGAAUUACUGCAUUUCAGCAUCGAGCAAGAAAUUAAGGAUCAGAAGGAACGAUGUGAUAAGUCCUUAACAACAAUCACAGAAUUACAAAGAAGAAUACAAGAAUCUGCUAAGCAAAUAGAAGCAAAAGAUAAUAAGAUAACUGAACUGCUUAAUGAUGUGGAAAGACUAAAACAGGCACUCAAUGGCCUUUCCCAACUCACCUACACAAGUGGGAACCCCACCAAGAGGCAGAGCCAGCUGAUUGACACUCUGCAGCACCAAGUGAAAUCUCUGGAGCAACAGCUGGCUGAUGCUGACAGACAGCAUCAAGAAGUAAUUGCAAUUUAUCGGACACACCUUCUUAGUGCUGCACAGGGUCACAUGGAUGAAGAUGUUCAGGAGGCUCUGCUCCAGAUCAUACAAAUGCGGCAGGGGCUUGUGUGCUAGCAGUUAGCACUGACUGCCAGUAUCUGUUUUAUCUUGCUGGUGCUGAACGUUCUUUGUGCAACUCCAUGGUCUUUCUGGGCCUUACUGUGCCGGUAUAAUUAAAAUAAAAUAUAUUUUGUUCCA